GUCGUUUACUCAGAACGAGUUGAAAAAAGAAAAAAAAAAGGUACAGCCGCCGGGGGGGAAGGAAGUAGCACAGCUUCCAUUACAGUACCUCCCAACCUCUUUCCCACGAUCACAAGGUUCCUUUAUCAAUUGAAAUCAACAUGGCAACGCAAGUUGGUUGCGUUAAAAGCGUUUUCCAUGUAGCAACUACAAGGAAAACCUUUCACUGCGAAUCACCGUUAUCGCCGUGUCGAAUUGGGUACACAGCGCGUGUUGCUCACGUUCCUCUGGUGAGGAAAGUGUCGAGUAAUGCAAUUAGAGUCCGUUGUUGCAGCAACAAUGGGAGGGAAAGUGGUGUGGCGGCGGAGAAGGUGGAGGGGAUUGAAAACAGUUACACUUGUGUUAUGAAAUUCGGUGGGUCUUCUGUUGCCAAUGCUGUGCGGAUGAGAGAGGUUGCUAACCUUAUAUUGGGUUUUCCUGAAGAAAGGCCUAUCAUUGUUUUGUCUGCUAUGGGAAAGACUACUAACAGGCUUUUACUGGCCGGAGAAAAAGCUGUAAGCUGUGGAGUUACUAAUGCUGAUAGUAUUGAUGAGCUCAGUGAUAUAAAAGACUUGCAUCUCAGGACAGUGGAGGAACUUGGAGUGGACAGAGAUGUUAUUGCAAAGCAUUUAGAAGAAUUGGAGCAACUUCUUAAGGGGAUUGCUAUGAUGAAAGAACUGACUCCACGGACACAAGAUUACUUAGUUUCAUUUGGAGAGUGCAUGUCCACUAGAAUCUUUGCUGCAUAUCUUAAUAAAAUAGGUGUUACGGCUCGUCAGUAUGAUGCAUUUGAGAUUGGUUUUAUAACAACUGAUGACUUCACUAAUGCCGACAUUUUGGAAGCAACAUAUCCAGCUGUUGCGAAGAGGUUACAUAGUGACUGGGUUUCUGAUCCUGCAAUUCCUGUUAUUACAGGCUUCCUUGGAAAGGCCCGGAAAUCAUGUGCAGUGACAACAUUGGGUAGAGGGGGCAGUGAUUUGACUGCUACGACAAUAGGAAAAGCGCUAGGACUGCCAGAGAUUCAGGUAUGGAAAGAUGUUGAUGGUGUUCUAACAUGUGAUCCAAAUUUAUGCCCACAAGCAGAACCUGUUCCAUUUUUAACAUUUGACGAAGCUGCUGAGCUUGCUUACUUCGGUGCUCAGGUCUUGCAUCCACAGUCUAUGAGACCUGCUAGAGAAGGUGAUAUUCCUGUUAGGGUUAAAAAUUCUUACAACCCUAAAGCUCCGGGUACCCUUAUCACCAAAACAAGAGACAUGAGCAAGGCAUUAUUAACUAGCAUUGUUUUGAAACGUAGUGUUACCAUGUUGGAUAUUGUAAGCACUCGCAUGCUCGGUCAGUUUGGGUUCCUUGCUAAGGUGUUUUCAAUCUUUGAAGAUUUAGGCAUAUCAGUUGAUGUCGUAGCUACCAGUGAGGUUAGUAUUUCCUUGACGUUGGAUCCGUCAAAGCUGUGGAGCAGAGAACUAAUUCAACAGGAACUUGACUAUGUUGUGGAAGAACUUGAAAAGAUUUCUGUGGUGAAUCUCCUAAAGAAUAGAUCCAUUAUCUCUCUCAUUGGAAAUGUUCAAAUGUCAUCAUUAAUUCUGGAGAAGGCCUUUCAAGUUCUUCGCUCCCUAGGUGUCACUGUUCAAAUGAUUUCUCAAGGUGCAUCUAAGGUGAAUAUCUCAUUAGUAGUUAACGACAACGAAGCAGAACAGUGUGUCAGGGCCCUCCAUAAAGCUUUCUUUGAAUGCGAGCUCUCUGAAUUAGAGAAUGAAUGCAUUUCCAAAAAUGGUUCUGUUCGUACAUUAUCUUAAGGAGGACACUUUCAGAUCAAGUUCUACUGGAAACACUCCUCCACUAUUUAUCGAGAUGCGGCAGAUAAUUUUUAUUAACAUUAUGGUUUAAAGACAAUUUUGGUUGAGAGAAAUAAUAUUUUUAUUUUAAAAUAUUUUAAGUGUCCUUUGUAAAAGUUUGCUUUAUUAUAUUUUUGGAUUUUGGAUCUACCAACUCCAUGUGCUAUGAGAAACUGGAAGUCCAUUUAUGUCCUAUGGGAUGGAUCUGAAGUAGGUGUAUUUGGAAAUGUUGGGAUGCAUAUGUUGUUAUUCUCAAAUUUUUCACUUAAUAUGUUAUUUUUCUUUACAAGUA